AGUAGGCUGGCUCGGUAAUUGGCUGGUUUGCUACUCAGAGAAGAAAAUCCGUUGUGGACAGGGAGAAAGGCUCAAGAAAUUCAAGGAACCUUAAGCGUACAAACUACCAUCACUAAACCCCAGUUUUUGCGGGUCGAAUUUUCUACAACCUAGUGCCCCCGUUUUAUUUAGCUAAUAUGGCUUGUGGAGCUACGUUAAAGCGGCCGAUAGAGUUUGAGGCCCUCCUCAGUCCCCAGUCUCCCAAACGGAGAAGGUGCAAUCCACUACCGGGGACUCCUGGCACUCCGUCCCCUCAAAGAUGCAACCUCCGUCCUCCAGUCGACAGCCCAACGCAUUCGAUGUCCCCUCCGGCCAUCGGAGGCGAACACCGGCUCACCCCAGAGCAGAUCUUCCGGAACCUCCGUCAGGGGUACAGCCGGAUCCAGAGGCGGCGGCAGCUGGAAGGGGCCUUCAGCCAGACUGAGGCCUGUAGCUCCAGUGACACCCCCAGCCCCAGUUCCUCCCUCAAUGCUCCCAGCUCCCCACCAGGUGCCUCAAGGAAGGACCAGCCCUCGUUUACACUGAGGCAGGUGAGCUACCUGUGUGAGCGCCUGCUCAAAGACCAUGAGGAGAAGAUCCGGGAAGAGUAUGAACAGAUCCUCAACACAAAACUCGCAGAACAAUACGAAUCUUUUGUGAAAUUCACACAAGACCAGAUCAUGCGAAGAUACGGAGCCCGGCCUGCAAGUUAUGUCUCCUGAACACACGGAUCAGAUCCCAGCUGCUUCUCACAAGAUGGCUGCUCUUCUGCUCUCCUCUUCUACUAGAUUUUUCUUUUAUUUCCCUGCUUUUUUUUCUCAAAACUGUCUGGGUGCCAUGGUUUAUCCACUUUUAGUGCAGAAGUGGAUUUUAUUCUUCAAACCUAUUGCUGCUGGCCAAAAGUUAGAAGACUCCAAAAGAUAAACUGUGUAUGAAGCCCCUUGUUUUUUGUUUUUGCCCUUUUCUUGUUCAGAUGCUCAUUCUGGAAAUUCCGACUAAAGCAGAUGUUUGUCAAAUCUUUUGCCAGUGCUGUAGAAAAAAAGCUUAUUGGCUAACGUGAUCAUUCUGUAGAACCUUCCAGCAGCUGUAUUUAGUAGCUCCUGCUUCUCCCACUUCUCUUGCCUCCACCACACCCACUCCCUUCUCACAACUCUACCUGAGAAUGUGGAAGUUUCUCCCUUUUGAAAAAAAAACUAAUAAAAGUUCUGUGAUUA